ACUGUCAACAACAACAACAACACGGACUGGAACAGUUACUGAAUCCAUAACACGAUGAGUUUGUGGCUGGACAAAUACCGACCCACCUCCCUCGGGAAACUCGACUAUCACAAAGAGCUAGCAGCUCAGCUCAAAAACCUGGUUCAAUGUGGCGACUUCCCGCACCUGUUGGUGUACGGUCCAUCCGGCGCCGGGAAGAAGACCCGCAUCAUGUGUCUGCUGAGGGAGCUGUACGGAGCCGGGGUGGAGAAACUUCGCAUAGAGCACCAGAGCAUCGUGGCUCCCUCAAAGAAGAAAAUUGAGAUCAACACCAUAGCCAGCAACUACCACUUGGAAGUCAACCCAAGUGAUGCUGGUAAUCAGGACCGUGUGGUGAUUCAAGAGCUGAUUAAAACCGUAGCUCAGUCACAACAGAUCCAGUCAAGCACCCAGAGGGAGUUCAAAGUGGUGUUGCUGACAGAGGUGGACCGACUCACGAAAGACGCGCAGCACGCUUUGCGUCGGACAAUGGAGAAGUACAUGUCCACCUGCCGUCUCAUCCUGUGCUCCACCUCCACCUCCAAAGUGAUCGGGCCCAUUCGGAGCCGUUGUCUGGCUGUCCGAGUUCCUCUGCCGAGCACAGAAGAGGUUUGUAAUGUUCUGACAUCAGUCUGUAAAAAAGAGGGUCUGCUCCUCCCACCUGAGCUGGCCAAACAAAUCGCUGAGAAGUCCGGUCGCAACCUCCGCAAAGCCCUUCUGAUGUGCGAGGCCUGCAGGGUGCAGCAGUAUCCAUUCUCGGUGGACCAAGAUGUCCCGUCAACAGACUGGGAGGUCUACCUCAGAGAGACUGCUAAUGCCAUCGUCAGCCAGCAGAGCCCUCAGAGGUUGUUGGAGGUUCGAGCCAGACUGUACGAGCUGCUGACACACUGCAUCCCUCCUGACGUCAUUAUGAAGGGUCUGGUAAAAGAGCUACUCAGUAACUGCGACGGCCAGCUGAAGACAGAGGUGGCUCACAUGGCAGCCUUCUAUGAACACAGACUGCAGCUGGGCAGCAAAUCUAUUUACCACCUUGAGGCAUUUACCGCCAAGUUCAUGGCCAUCUACAAGAAGUUCAUGGAGGAUGGUCUGGAUGGCAUGAUGUUUUAACUUUGAAUGGACUUAAAGAUGGACAGAUACUUUUCCUGAUCAUUUAAAUACUGAUACUUUUCACCACCUUCCUCUCACUUUUUGGCCCAAGAAGACCUUUUGCAUUUAAAAAAUACACUGUAGGACACAGGAUGUUUUAUUCAAACUCUGCAGCAGAAUGUUAAAAUAAAGUGAUUUCUCUAGAACA